AUUUAAAAAAAGGACUUUUCAAGGAAAACAUACUGAUCCUGAGCCAUGCGACCAAGGGCAGGUCGCCCUCAAGCAGGGAGACUGAAUCAUAAUGGAUCAACUUCCGAUUCUCAGCAGCAGACCAACAUCCGGGUCGUCAUACGCAUUCGUCCUGAAAACCAGCAUGAAAGAGAUGCACAGAAUUCUCGUACUGUUGUCCGUCCACUCGAUGAGAAGGUACUGGUCUUCGAUCCGCAAGAGGAAGCAUCGCCCUCGUACUUUCGUGGAAGACGUGUCCGGCAGCGCAAUGGGAUGCGGAGAAAGAACCGUGACAAGCAGUUUGCCUUUGAUCACAUUUUUGCAGCAGGAGCGUCGCAGGAGUAUGUCUACGAAAACACCACAAAGUCUGUGGUAGACGGCGUUCUAAGUGGAUACAAUUGCUCUGUGUUUGCUUACGGUGCGACCGGGGCAGGAAAGACGUUCACCAUGUUGGGUGGCCCAAACCAACCUGGUAUCAUGUUCCUCACCGUCAUGGAGCUCUACCAGAAGAUUUCUAGUGAGAAAUCAGAAAAGCUUUCUGAUGUCGCAGUGUCGUAUCUGGAGAUCUACAAUGAGACUGUGAAGGAUCUGUUAGUACCAUCAGGACCUCUGGCCAUCAGAGAAGACCCUCAGAGGGGCGUGGUCGUCAGCGGACUCUCCUUACACAAGCCUAAGAAUGCCAAGGAGUUGUUUAGCAUGCUCGAGUAUGGCAAUACUCAUCGGACCCAGCACCCAACCGAUGCCAAUGCACAGUCGUCAAGAUCUCAUGCGGUCUUCCAGGUGUUUGUUCGGCAACGUGACCGGACAGCAAACAUCAGCACCAACGUGAGGGUGGCCAAGAUGUCGCUCAUUGAUCUCGCGGGAUCAGAGAGGGCAACGGUGACGACCAAUCGUGGGGCUAGGUUUCGGGAAGGGGCGAAUAUCAAUCGCUCACUUCUGGCACUUGGGAACUGCAUCAAUGCAUUGGCAGAUAGCAGGAAUAAAGGCAAGCAUGUACCGUACAGGAACAGCAAGCUAACUCGCCUAUUGAAGGACUCCCUCGGUGGCAAUUGCAAGACAGUCAUGAUUGCUGCUGUUAGCCCCUCUAGUCUCUCUUAUGAAGAUACCUUCAACACGUUGAGGUAUGCGGACAGGGCUAAGGAAAUCAAGUCUAAUCUACAGAAGAAUGUCGUUAGCAUGGACCUUCACAUCACCAAGUAUACCCAGAUCAUCCAUGAACUAAGGAUAGAGGUUGCCGAAUUGAAGGAUAAACUACAGAAGCAGACAGGGGUUGCUACUGCAACGGUUGACCUGCCGGCAAGUGUACCAGAUAACGAGCAUGUACUUGGUCUCCAGGUGGAGGUCCACAAGGUGUUCCAGGAGAGAUCCAGCAUACGCAAGGAGCUCCUGGAGCUAGAAUCCUUCGACCGAGACCUCACUGCCAAGAUCAUGCGAAAGACCCUACUCGUGGAGAGAAAUCGGGUCUUUCACGGCAAGACCACGUUAGGAGAGAAGACAAUAUCCAAGUUGGACCGUGCAAUCGCCGCAGCUACGAGUCGUCAGGAGCGCGUGAGGACUCGUAAAGUCGGCGUGGAGCAGAGGAUGAAGGAUAAUGAAGGUGUUCUCGAGAGGCUCUCAGGAGUGAUGCGGGGGAGCGACGGUACCAUGCCACAGAUUUUGAAGGACACCUUACAUAUGAGGCAUUUGGAGAUUGAGGUAAAAGAUGGUCGAAGGCAGGCCAAGCAUCUGAGAAAGUUUGCACGGAAUCAGGAGAGUCAUAUCAAAUCUUCGGAAAAGCUUAUGCUGAACCUGAUCACAGCGUUUCGCAGUCAGUACUACCUGAUCAAGGGCUCGGGGUUCCUGACCCCCGACCUCGUCGAGCAGUUUGAAUCAAUCCAGAAGCAGGUCGAAGGUGAGAGAGAGGUCAUGUGGGCCGACCAGAGUCUCAACGAAGGAUCGGAGGAGCCGGGAGUCGACGACUUCAACAGGUUGCUCAACCUGCCUGUAUUGAGCUGUGUCCAGAUUACCCCAAGAGCACCUAUCCCAAAAAGAUCUGUGAAAACACCGAAUUCUGAUACCAAGAAACCAACAGCCACGCCUUGCCAAUCUAUGCCUAUCCGUCGGCUUUCCUACGCCGGAGUCUGUCAGACUAUGGUGGGCAUUACACCCACAGCUAAUGGGAGAGCGCUUAGGAUACCUGAUUCUGAUGGCCAAAACAUCGGUCAAGCCCAAAGGAUUGCAACACCAUGCAACAGGGAGGAUCCCAACAAACCCCAGAGAAUUGUCACACCUCAGAAAAUGACCAAGAGUCCAUCCGGCUCUGCCCAGCGUAUCCCUUCAUACAACAGAGAUGAAAUUAAUCUCCCGCAACGGGUCCCAACACCACAGAAGUCAAGAUCUCCUUUUACUUCGGCGGAAGCCUUAACGGCGGCUACCUCUCGGACGUUGCCUUCCCCAGCAGAAGUGGAACAGUCCUGCUCACCAGUGACUCACCCUGCAUCGGAAGACUCCACUUGUAGCAGAGUAGGGGGUGACAGCAUUACAAGCCCGGAUGUUUUGAGGACUAAUACAUCAGACAAUGUGGACAUGGAUGGUGUUGUGCCCCUCCCAAUUACACCACAAACGAAUGAAAAUCCUACCCAAGAAACAAUGGAACAUGCCAAAACAGUGGUUAAAAAAUCAGCCGACACGCCUGUCUGUGAGUCGUUGCCAGUGAAACCUAUUGUUGGAGGAAACACUGUCAUAAAGAUCCCUGCAGAAAGGACCAGUGGACCAGUCCAUUCUCUUGAAGGGGUUGCCAGGACGAUUUCAUUCGAUGAGGAAGGACAAUCAAAUUCUCACCGUACGAACACGACUCCGGUAACUGGGCAAAAGAUGACGUACGCUCAGGUUGCCAGCUCACCGGUUCUUCAACCCACCCGCCUUCCCUUCGGUGAACUCUCAAACUCUCCCCGCAUCAGCAGUGCGCCCUCUCCUGACAAGAAGCCCGCAGGUUUCAACGAAUCGUUUACAAUCCACAAGGGCGUCUUACAGGAGAACUUCAGGAAGGAUGCUCAGCAUAAGGGAUUUAAUAGGAGGGAGACGUUCGCUGGCAGACCGUCAUUACAACAUCAACGUAGCAAAUCGCACGGUCAUCUAACUGGAAGCUCCGGUCAGUCGGUCAACAGGGCGAUACAUGCAGACACCCUCAAGAAAUAUGGAAUGCCCUCUAUGGCUGACACAGCAUCAGAUCUUGUUGUAGUUGGUGUUACCAAGCCUAUCCCAGCCUAUAUGUCUAUGACCAAAGCAGCAGCUAAUAAGAGAAGGCUCAAUACUGGAAGCCAAGUCAGCCAACGCUCGUACUCUCAAAGCAGCAAAGAAAACCAUUUCCCCACCAACAGAGGGCGCUCUACAUUCAGUUCUUCUGGUUCCUUGCAGAACAGCAACAGGACUGGCCUUGCCAGAGCAUUUAGUGUAGGAAACCUGCAUCAAACAACAAGGAAUGUCAAUAGGAGCACUCACCGGAAUCAGUCAAACUGGAAUCUUUGAAGUUGUUUUCAUCAUGUCUAUCAAAAAAGUCCUUGAAAACAAUCUACCCUGAUGGUCCUGAAAAUAUAAAAUAAUGAUACUUAUUCUAUAAACAUCCAUUAUUUAUCUGUGACAGAGAGUAGAUUGUGGGAUGUCAUGUUAAGUGCUGACUGGUGUUAGUGUUGAGCCAAUUUUUCCAUCAGCAUAAUGCCAAAGAAACCAAGACUGGUCGUGGGACAGGUCUUGGUGUUGAGCUACUUGUAUCAAUAUUGUGAUUUUUACCAUCUUCGUAAAUUCACAUUAGGUGUUGAAGGUCGAGAAGGCAUUAAAAAUUGUGCUUCCAACGCCGGCAUUAAGACUUGAUUCGGGAUAGGUCUCAUUUGGUGUUGUGCUACAUUUAUCAAUAAUGUGAUUUCUAAUUUGUGCUUCCAACACCUGGAUCCUAUUUCAUAAAGACUUGUUAAUGCAAUAUUUCUAUAACAAAUUUACUAUCAACCAAUCACAUUGAAGGAUUUCAGUAGCUUUUAACUGUUAUUGAAAAAUUGUUAUUACAAGAGGUUUCAUGAAAAGGAGCCCAGUACUAACAACAAACUUGAAAUCACCCAAUGACCUUGGUUUAUUAGAACCCACAGGAAGGGAAAGCAUGGGGAUGGGAGAAAGGUUAGAUGUGGUGGUAAAAAGCCAGACUUAGAUCAAUCAAAUUAUUUUUAAAAAAUAGCACAUUUUUUUUUUUCUGAGAGUUUGUCAUUAUCUUGUUAGAACUUUGGUAGAGUUUGUGUUUCUAACGUUUAGUAACAUUCAGUGACUCCAUUGUCUCACAACUUGAAAUGGGAAAAUGUUCCAUAGCUUUUUGAACUAGCUAGGCUUAGAGAAAUCAAAGUUUGUGUAAAAAAAAAUAUCCCAAAUUAUCCCAUGAGUCAGUUGCAAUUAGUUUUUUUUUUUAAUAUGUGAAAAUUGUGAAAUUUGCUUUACAAAUUUAUUCAUUGGGUAUUAGAAAGCUACAGAUAGAGAUUAUUUCAUGAAAUUUCCAACCCAUUCUAUGCUAGAGACGGUGGCGGAUCCAGGAAGGGGCACAUCCGUCCCUUGUCCCCCCCACCUUCCCCCUUAAGACCUUUGGGGGGGGGGCUUGUUAAUUUUUUUUCUGUUCAAAAAAGGAAAAUUUCUGGAUCUGCCCCUGGCUUGAGAAGGUCCUUUAUGUAAAAAAACAAGAAUACACAGAUAUUUUGCUGAAGAGGUAAAGAUAUUUAGAUAUUUUUAUUUUAUGUAAUUCACAUUACUGAUUCAGGGCACACACAUUUGUAUAAUUAAUAGCUACAUGCACUUUGGAGGGAUUUACCAAGAGAUAGCCUUUGAAUCAGGGUCCUGUAUACCAUAUUUUUCUUUCACAUGUAAAUAAAACAAAGAUACACAGAUAUUUUUCGCUGAAGAGGUUUAGAUAUUUUUUUUUUAUAUCCUUCACAUUACUGUUUCAGGGCACACACAUUCAUAAUAGUGGCAUGCGCUUUGGAGGGAUUUACCAAGAGGUAGCCUUUGAAUCGGGGUCCUGUAUACCAUUUUUUUUCUUUCACAUGGGCAAUCAUGGGAGAGUGUAUAUGUUAUUCAAAUGUCACAACUAACAAACAAAAGAUAACUAAUGAAUUCACUGCAGUAUUUUUAAAUCUAUUACCAUACUAAUGUGGCCUUGAGACGUAUUGUGGCUAUUGCUCUCUACGGUGAUGAAAAUACUUGUGGAAAAUUAUAAUUCAAUUUUCAAGUCUUUACUUCACAUUCUAUGUAAUUUCCUUCAAUUGUGUAUGCAAAUCUAUAAUUACUAGAAAUGAUUUUGUUGAAGUUUAAAGGGCCAGUAUCUUUUGAAUGCUAAUAUUCCAAUUUACUGAAUUCGGAUUAAUCUAUUUGCAAACACAGGAUUAUGCUGGAAUGGGAAAUUGAUUAAUGCUAAUUAUGGAGUCUGGGAGACUUAUUUUAUCAUAUUUGUUUGGGGGUUGGGUAUUUUUUCUUAUAAAUCAUUGUGAAUUCACCUGAAAAGAAAAGAAAAUAAUUAUCACAUCACACAAGAGAAAAAAAAUCUUUCUCUCUUUCUUUCACUUUCUGGUAAAAUGGUAUCAUAUUUUGGCACCUUUUUCAGAAUCAGGUAAACUUUAAAAUCAUGAAUAGUUUGCAAUGCAUUAUGUAAUCAUUUUCACUGUUCGAAGAUUAACUUUGUUUUGUUUAUUUGUUUUUUGUUUAUUUGCUAUUGUUAAUCAAUGUGUAAAGUUUCAUUCAAUGCUAUGGCUAAAUGUAGAGUAAGUUUUAGAGUAAAUUUUAAGAUGGAAGGCUCACAUAUAGUGUAUAUAGAGAAUAUAUUAUUGUAUUAUUAUGUUCUUUUGGUGUACAUAUUUUUAUAUAUAUAUGAAUUAAUUUGUAUUUUCUGUCAAUUAUCAUGCCUUAAUUGUAAGCAAUAUGCACCUGUUGAUAUCAAAUAAAAGCUAUUUGCAGUAAGAAA